UUGACCCAUUUCCUUUCACAUCGUUUCACUUUUCAAGUUAAACCAAGAAAAGGCAUAGGCUUUGCGCACGGAUAUAAUAAACGAGCACGUACAAGAAUUCAGCAGACGAACUAAGAUCUUGAGCAAAAUGCCACCUUCUCACCACUAUAGCCAAUCCCAAACCUUCCCCCGCCAUUCCAUUCUCCCCCCGUCUUCGACCACCGCCGGUCCUUCAUCGAUGUCCGCCGCUAAGACUCGGCAGUAUGCGAACCUGCAGGCUCAGUUGGAGCAGCUGAACGCCAAUCUGGCGGACACACAAAACCUGCUCCGUAUGACUUCUGUGCAGGCAGAGGAUAUGCGGUUCCUGGGCGGUUAUGUUGGAGCUCUGUUUAUGGGAUCGGCCAAGGUGUUGGGAGAGGAGGGUGUCAAGGGUAAUGCGGAUAAGAAGGAAAGUGAAUCGUGAUCGAUGAGUACUUUGGUUUAGUGGAAUGCAUGGGUUAUCCUCGGGGGGGGUAUCCAAUCCACAGUAACACCGAUAGAUACCACGCCCAUUAGUUCUCGACCACAAAACCG